AUGGGAGAUCAAUGCAAAAAUCUUAUGAUAGGAGGCGAGUGCAAUGAUAAAAUUAUAAUCAGCAAUAACCAUAUCAUAACCAAGGUCACCAAUUGCAAUUACGGUGAGAGCCGGCAAAAUCAUAUUAAUAUCAAUAAUAAUACCUACGGUUUAAUCGAAAGUAGGGAAGCAAGCCUAAUGGAUUACCAAGAUAUGAAGGAUAUGAACAGUUUAGCCGAUAUGAACCAAGUGGGAAUGGCAGAGGGAGACGAUAUGAUUCUCAAUAUAAAUGUUCUGUGCGGGAAUGCCCAAGAUACCUUCCAAGAUUCCGAAGUAAUCUUGGCCGAACCUAAUGGACAUAGUGGCAACAACCAUACAAAUCUUAAUGGACUAAAUAUUAACAAUAAUGGUAUAAGAGGAGGAAACGUUUUUCAAAAUUAUAUGGAUUCCUUCGCUGGCAUGAUCAAGUCUUCUGGCGACAACGUUAAUGGGAAUGGACUCGAACAAGAACAACACCACAAUAGCCUUAUAAACGGUUACAAUCUAUCUCACAAGUCUGACAUCGAUAACUCGGCAGCUAUAUCCUCCCUAAAUAACAAGCUUAAUAAGAAACUCAAAUCGAUUAAUCCUUCUAGGCAACCUUCCUACCCCAUUAUUGUGUCGGAUUCUAACAUGUUACCCUCGACUUUCGAUUACAAUGAGACAUUUUUAAACUACGAAAGAUUUCCCGAUCAUCAACAAAAUAAUUUUAGUCUCAUGAACAACGACCAAGCGUUCGUACCUUUUAAUAAUAACAAUAUCAAUAACAAUAAACUCGAUAAUCGAAACGAUGAUCACAGCACCAUUAAGGAUUCUAUCGAUAGUCACAUAUUAGAGCCUUUUUUCAACGAUGUUAAUCCUCUGACUUCCAACGGCGUCAACUAUUUUACGACCAUAAAUGGUGAUAUGAGUAACAAUUUGAUUAGUGGUUUUAACGAUGCUAAUCUGAAUGAGGAAUCCAAAAUAGAAGGGGGCAAAAAUUCUCUAAAUAAUUCCGAAAUCUCUAACAGAGAAUCUCAGCCUAAAUUCGACAAUAAUCCACUGCGCGAAAAUAAUGGCGAUAAUAAAAUUUCUUCCAAACUUUUAAACUCCUCUCAGCCCAAUUAUUUGUUUCCAGAUACCAACGCAACGAAAAAGGAAAAGCUCAUAAUAAUUCGGCUACCAGCGCCAAAUCUCAAAAAAUUAAUUCUGUUUCGGAUAAUAAGAAUUUCACGGGCAUGA